CAGUUCUGUUUUUUUUUUUUUUUUUUUUCAUCAUUAAGAUGAUUGAGAUGUGUUAGACUGGGUUUCUAUGAUCGGUGUUUUCAGUGCGCAUAAAAUUUCUCGAAAUGUAGUUAAAUGAGUUAAACAUUUUCAAGCUUUAAAUUUUAGUUUUCUGUUUUUUAGUCUCUACAUCUAAUUGUUGAAGAUCUUUUAAAGUUUAAAUUUGAUGAUUUUGUAUCAAAUCAUAUCACAAACCCAUGAAGAAUUUUCAAUGGUUGAAGAAAAUCUCCAUUACUACGAAACCUGAUAGGAGUCUCUCUCUUGGUGAGUAUAAGAGAGCUGUUUCGUGGUCCAAGUAUUUAGUCUCGUCUGGUGCAGCGAUAAAAGGAGAAGGAGAAGAAGAAUGGAGUGCAGAUAUGUCACAGUUGUUUAUUGGAUGUAAAUUUGCUUCGGGAAGGCAUAGUAGAAUCUAUAGAGGGAUAUACAAGCAGAGAGAUGUGGCAAUCAAGCUUGUUAGCCAGCCAGAGGAAGAUGAAAACUUGGCUUCUUUUCUUGAAAAACAAUUCACUUCAGAGGUGGCUCUCCUGUUUCGAUUAAAGCAUCCUAAUAUCAUCACUUUUGUUGCAGCCUGUAAGAAACCUCCUGUAUUUUGUAUAAUCACCGAGUAUCUAGCUGGAGGCUCCCUAAAAAAAUACCUUCAUCAGCAGGAGCCACAUUCAGUUCCACUCAAACUUGUUCUGAAACUAGCGCUCGACAUUGCACGUGGAAUGCAAUAUCUUCAUUCUCAAGGAAUACUCCAUAGAGAUCUCAAAUCAGAAAAUUUGUUGCUUGGAGAAGAUAUGUGUGUGAAGGUAGCAGAUUUUGGCAUUUCGUGCUUAGAAUCUCAGUGUGGUAGUGCUAAGGGAUUUACAGGCACUUAUCGCUGGAUGGCACCGGAAAUGAUUAAAGAAAAACACCAUACAAAGAAAGUUGAUGUCUACAGUUUUGGCAUAGUUCUUUGGGAGCUUUUAACUGCAUUAACACCAUUUGACAACAUGACUCCAGAACAAGCUGCAUUUGCAGUCUGCCAGAAGAAUGCCAGACCACCGUUGCCACCAACAUGCCCUGGGGCGUUCAGUCAUCUCAUAAACCGUUGCUGGUCAAGCGAUCCACACAAACGACCACGUUUUGAUGAAAUAGUUUCGAUUUUGGAAAGUUAUUCAGCAUCCCUGGAGGAAGAUCCAGAAUUUUUCACAAACUUUGUACGUUCGCCUGAUCAUACUGUUUUAAAAUGCUUACCAAACUGUAUUGCACGACAUCGCUCUGCUCAUUUAAAACCUUUGAGCUCUUCUUAAAUUAAAUGUGAUGCUAAAUGUACCAUAUUAUCAAUUA